AUUGCGCCACGCUUCCGCACAACACCGCCUGCUUCUUUCUUCCUCAGGACGAACGGGAGACCUCCGCCAUCGGUGGAAACUGAGAUGUGUUUUCUGAGCCGCUCGUCUGCCGAACGGACGCCUUUGGAGAUGGUGUUCGGACGCAACCCGGGCUGCCUCUGUUCAGCAGCAGACAGGGAUGUCCCCUGCGCCGGACACUUGUGAGAUGAAGGACAAGAAGAAAAAGAAGAAAUGCUGAAUGCUUUUUUGUUGGUUUUUGCUGGGGAGCGCAGCACAUCGGGAUGGAUGUGAGCCGACGCUGAACGGAUGCUUCUGAGUGGAAUUUAUUCCUGAGCGGGGUUUUUUUCUGUUAAAGGGGCGGCGGAUCGUGUUGAUUUUGUUUUCAUUUCAGCCUUGGCAGGAUACUACCGCUCCUCGAUGAAUUGAUGUGGGGAUACACACGACCUCGGCUGCAUAGAUGGCGAACACAAGUGAGUUUGGGGGGAGCAGCCCGUCCUUACAGAACUAUGCGUCCACGGCCUCUGCGGUCAAGCUGGCCUCCCUGGGUCUGAUCACGGGCAUCAGCCUGCUGGGCAACGCGUCGCUGUCGCUGCUGCUGCUGAAGGACAGCUCGCUGCACAAGGCUUCCUACUACUUCCUCCUGGACCUGUGCCUGGCGGACGUGGUGCGGUCCGCCGUCUGCUUCCCCUUCGUGAUGGCAUCGAUCGGCGGCGGCUCCGCCUGGCCGUACAGCGCGCUCAGCUGCAAGAUCAUCGCCUUCAUGUCGGUGCUCUUCUGCUUCCACGCCGUCUUCCUGCUCUUCUGCGUCAGUGUCACUCGGUACAUGGCGAUCGCCCACCACCGGUUCUACUACAAGCGGAUGAAUCUGUGUACGUGCGUGGCGGUGAUCUGCAUGGUGUGGACCCUCUCCGUGGCCAUGGCUUUCCCUCCGGUGUUCGACGUGGGCACCUACAAGUUCAUCCGUGAGGAGGAGCAGUGCAUCUUCGAGCACCGCUACGUGAAGGCGAACGACACCCUGGGCUUCAUGCUGAUGCUGGCCGUCAUCGUGGGGACGACCCAUGUGGUUUACGUCAAGAUGCUCUGCUUCGUCUACGACCACCGCAAGAUGAAGCCGGCGCAGCUGGUCCCCGCCAUCAGCCAGAACUGGACCUUCCACGGCCCCGGAGCCACCGGACAGGCCGCCGCCAACUGGAUCGCCGGCUUCGGCCGCGGACCCACCCCUCCCACGCUGGUGGGCAUCAGGCAGGCUUCUCACCUCGGCAACAGGAGGCUGCUGGUGCUGGACGAGUUCAAGAUGGAGAAGCGGAUCGGGAAGAUGUACUACAUGAUCACGCUGACCUUCCUCAUUCUGUGGGCUCCUUACAUAAGCGCCUGCUACCUGAGAAUAUUUGUGCGGGGGGCUCCGGUCCCGCAGCUCUACCUGACGGCCGCGGUGUGGAUGAGCUUCGCCCAGGCGGGAGCGAACCCCAUCAUCAGCUUCAUGUUCAACAAGGAGCUGCGGGUGCGCCUCCGAGCCUGUUUCCCCUGCUGCCUGGGGACACAGACACCCAUGGAGCCGUACUGUGUCAUCUGAACCACACUGGCCCCAAAAUACUGCCAAAGACACAUUAGGGCUUGUCUCAGAAUGUACACAGACUGGUCCCCAAAAUGUGUUCAUACACGCAGACUGGGGGGCAGUGGAGGGUGAAACCACUUCACUUCAAGUUCCACACAUUUUCAUCUGUGGCAAAGAUUUUACCCUCUAUUUUAAUUGGACAAAAACUUGAACAUGAUAUAAAUUCUACUAUAUUUUACGUAUCAGAGUCAGACUAAUUAAAGCUAUAUGAGACAUAUUAAAGUAUAGAAGCAUAAUCUGAUGCUUUUAUAUAAAAAGGAUAGAAUGUCCUAUGAGGUUCACCAAAUGGGAUCAUGGUUUGACCACCUUUUAAUUUACACCUCUGCAUGUAGGCCUGCUGCAGGUGAAAACACUCCACAUAUAGUCUCUAUGGCAGCCAUGUCUCAUGUUAUGUCCAACCUCUGGAGACAGCUUUUAUGCCCCGUUGAGUAUGUCAACCUUUUUGGUCGGCCACAACAUUGUACAUGAAUGUCACUUUGGCUAUUUGUUUGUACAUUUUGAAAUUACGUCCCAGCACACCCAUUUGAGGUCGUUUGCCUUUUGCAGAAACUGAUGACCGAAACAGGACGGGACUAUUUUAUCAGCUGACCGGCGUCAGUUUCUCUCGCAUCUGUGACACGCUUGGUUUCUAAUCGUUUGGAUACCACAAAUGAGAUACAGAUCUCAGUAUAUUUUUAAUGAGGACAAUGUCACAUUUGUAAAUACUGUAAAGCCCUUUCUGCUGUUUCCUUCUGCUUUUUUAACCAGAUAUGUUGUAUAUUUCAUAAUCUCUUAGGAUCCUGUGUGUUGAAAAGGUGUUAAAACUCACUUUAAAGGUAUUUUGCAAAUUCUUAUUGUUUUUCAUGGAUCAGUUGUGUUGAGAAAUGGCUUGAUUUGCUUUCCCUGCAGAAUAUGCAGCUAUUCUUUUUCUACAGACACGGACAUUGGGACUCUGAAAAUGUUAACAAUAUGGUGCUUUGGAA